AUGGCUAAUAACCAAGUGAAUGAUACUAAUGUUGAUGAUCUUUUAAAGUUCCUACUAUAUGUUGGGCAAGCCAAACGAACAUUUCGGACAGGGUGGAUUUUAUGUGGUGUUGAAAGAGUAGAAAGUGUUGCGGAUCAUAUGUACCGUAUGGCUAUUAUGUCUUUUUUGUUGCCAUCUGUAUCCGAUCAGUCAAAAGUUCUUUGUAUGAAAUUAGCACUGGUACAUGACUUAAGUGAAUCAAUUGUCGGCGACUUAACUGAACUUGAUGAUAUCUCAAAAAGUGAAAAACAUCGACGUGAAACUGAGGCAAUGGAUUAUUUAACACGUUUGUUACCCACUCAUGUUGGAACAGAAAUAUUUUCGUUAUUUAAUGAAUAUGUCGAGCAAAAGACAAAUGAAGCAAAGCUUGUGAAAGAUCUAGAUAUAUUUGAUAUGCUUGUACAAGCUUAUGAAUAUGAAAAAAUUCAAAAUGCAUACGGGUUUUUAGAAGAUUUUUUUCAAAAUUCAGCUAAUAAGAUAAAAACGGAUAUUGUUAAAAAAUGGCUGAAAAAAUUAAUUGAAUGUCGAUCAUCAAACAAUCAAUUACAAUUGCCAUUUGACUCAAAUCUUAAUACGAUGCUUAAGCAUGUUCUAUAUGAUGAUCAAAGAAUGCUUAUUUAUAAACUUCCAGUAUCGGACAUUCGUGAAAAGGUAAAUAAUUAUAUUUCAAGUAGAGCUCAAGAUGGUAAUCCAUCAUCAAGUGCCACAGCUGAACAUUCGAGCAAUCCUAUUAAAAAUGUCAACGAUCAAUAUGAUUAA